AAAAAUGCAUUCAAAGCGUCCCAAAUCAUAAAAAAUUCGCAAAUAGUAUGCUUUGAUGUUGAUUCGACGGUGAUUCGUGAAGAGGGCAUUGAUGAAUUGGCCAAAUUUUGCGGCAAAGGUGAAGAGGUAGCUCGACUCACAAAAGAAGCGAUGAAAGGAUCGAUGACAUUCCAAGAGGCGCUUCGGCUACGCUUAAAUAUAAUAAAACCGACACAGCAACAAAUUCGGGAUUUCCUUCAAUCACGACCAAGCACAUUAUCGCCGGGCAUCAAAGACCUGGUUAGCCGGUUACUUGAUGCAAACAAAACGGUGUACCUGAUUUCUGGCGGAUUCGAUUGUUUAAUCGAACCAGUUGCCGAAACGCUAGGCAUCCCAUUCGAUCACAUAUUUGCCAAUAAACUGUAUUUUCAUUUCGAUGGUGAAUAUGCUGGAUUUGAUGUGAAUCAGCCAACAUCGCGAACUGGCGGCAAAAGUGAAGCCAUCCACAUAAUUCUAAAAUCGUCGGAACGAGCCGGAAGUGUUAAUGUGACCAUGAUUGGUGAUGGAGCCACCGACCUUGAAGCAUCACCGCCGGCCAACAAUUUCAUUGGGUAUGGGGGCAACGUGAUAAGAGAAGAAGUACGAGAGCAUGCCACAUUUUAUGUCACCGAUUUUCAAGAAUUGAUUAAUGAUUUUUAG